CGCCCACCGACUACAUUGAGCGAGCGAGCACAAACGCCUGAGUAUCAACAGACAAACCCUCCGCCUUCACAGAACACUGCGGAUUCCAACAAAGGAUUGUCGCUUGCUGAACAGGAGGAGCGUGAGCUACAACAAGCAGUAGCUAUGUCACUGAAUCAAAAUCUUGGACAGCAAGAGACAGGUGUUACAACUUCAAAGCAGCCAAACUUCGGCCGGGCCACUCGUGACUACUACGAUGAAGGUGCAUGGGCGAUGACCUUAUUCAAUUCCAGUGCUCGCGAGAUCGUUAUUAGUCCUGACCCGGGAGACCGUAAGAGAGUGGAAGGUGAACCCGCAUUUCUUCGUCCAUCAGAAGACAGCCUAUAUCUAGGCGGGCUGUUGACUAUUCUCCAUUCUAUACCCCUAGCAAGGGAAGCUCUCCUACAGAGGAAUAGGAUCCUGUCGAACUAUGGGCACGACCCUCAGUGGUGGAACGGACAGCCCAUCAACCUGCCAAAAAUAGUAACGAUCAAGGAUGCACAAGACGGUGACACAGACUGGGAUGACAUCAUAUCCGAGACGCAGAGGCUAGUCGCCUUUCUCGACCACACAGAGCGCUCUUUUGGUAGUGUGGAUGCUCUUGUAAACUUGAAGAGCAUGUCUACGUACGACUCGGAAGGCAGCAUAGGCAGAUUUCUAGAAACGUGGCAAGAUGCCGCUAUCCGAGCGGAUCCCGGAAAUCAGUUGGCGACUAUUUUCUCAUCCCAGGCAUAUAAACGACCUCUUGCGGUUUAUGACACGCCGAUUCAUAAAGAUUUCUUCAUCCUUGAGUCAUUCGUGGAUCCCGAGCCUGGUCAAACGCUCUAUGAAGUUUUGGAUCGCGCCAUUUGGUCAGACAGACCUGGUGAGGAGCUCGACGACGUAUGGUUGGAGCAUGUAGGUGAAAUAUUUACGAUCAGAUUGGAAAGCACCGAUAGUACAAAGCCCGUUGGCGUCAAAAUCCCUGUGGUAUUUUACCCCGAUCGCUAUCUUGCUGACGCACGGGACUUCUCGCGUGAUUUUCGUGCCCAAAGACUUCAGGACUAUGACGGUAUCUCCAAAUUAGAAAACCUAAUCAACCGCUUCUCGGCGUCGAAGUCGGCCAUGCACAAAGGGAUGACUCUUAAGGAAACACUAGAUAAGACCGCUGCUGCCGUCUCUUUAACGUUACCCAAGAGCCUUGCAAAUGGCGCCAGUGGGAUGUCUUUGAGUCCAGAGGCGGCGAACGAGGAGGCAAGACGUUUAGCAGAUGAGCUGCGAGAAGUCUCUAGUAAAAUUGAGGAUAAGCUACGAGAGCUGGUGCAAAGGCGAGAGAACGCUAUUGAAACUCUCCGUAGCUACACCAAAAUCCUAACAGAACCGUCGAACCCCUCAGGGAAAGUGCCUCAUUAUAAAUACACACUACGAGGCGUUUGCACCGAGCCACAUGUAAUUUAUGUACUACGACCUCGCGCCCACAAAGAAGAGAUAGUGGACAACAACUCUACGACCACCAAUGAGUGGCAGUGGUGGCGUAUCAGCUUUUCGACGGACGAUGCAAAAGCUCGACAAGCAGAGUCGGCAGAGUCGCAGCAGGGUGAUACAUCUUCUACCAAGAAUGCCGAUGUAAUUGGAUACACGGCACGCAAAGUUCGAGAAGUUGAAGUCCUUAAAGCGGCUCGUGAAGAAUCCAAGAAUGUUCUGCUUAUCUACGCUAAUGGCAAUGCUAUGGAAUUUGGAGAGGAGCCAGCCCCCUCACCACUUCAGGAAUUUGUCAAUGCAGACAAUAUGGCGUUUGCUGCCGAGUUCAAAGAACAAGAACAGAAGGAGAAUGUGUCUGACAGUCAGAAUGAGGAUUCAAGCUCUGCUGCCCUCCCCAGCGAGGGCACAGAGACAAAUGAACUGGCCCCAGAUUAUCAGCAAAAGGCUACCUUGGCCGCUUCAAACGUGAACGUAUUCGACUAUCAAGUUUCCAAUUUUGAUGAGGCAGUGGAAUCCGGUCUGGAAAUGCAAGAACGGAGUGGGCGGACUUUACUCGGUCAGAGUAGUACAGCAGGUCCUGUGCAAUAUCCGCCGAGCACUAAUCCCACAUGGGAGCAGUAAAGAAUCGGACAAUGCGGCUGCUUCAACCAGAUGUAUAUAUUGGGUGUGAUCGUGUGAUCGUAUACAUACAAAGCAAUACAUACUUAGGUAUAGG